CCUUGGGUUGACGCCUUGCAGAUUUGGUACUUUUUCAUAACUGAACUUCAUAUUUUCCUAUUUGUAUGGAUCAAUACGAUUUAUGUUGAAGUCAUAUUUUAAGAAGAUAUGUGGAUUACUCUCCGGCGGUCCGUGGUCCAUCGGAAAGCUAUCAAAUGUUCUGUGCAAGCUGGCCAUAGAAGCUGGUCUUAUCCCAGAUGGUUCUCGGUUUCUUGUGGUGCAAAUCAAACAGAGAAGCCGCAUGUAGGAAUUGUGGGCAGCGGCCCUGCAGGGUUUUACACCGCACAACAAAUUUUAAAGUCCCAUGAUGAAGCUCUUGUUGAUGUUUAUGAACGUCUUCCAGUUCCAUUUGGCUUGGCAAGAUUUGGAAUUGCCCCUGAUCAUCCAGAAACUAAAAAUUGCAUUAACCAGUUCACAACGACAGCACUGUCUGACAGGUGCUCUUUUAUUGGAAAUGUGAAUGUUGGAGAAGAUGUGAAUGUGGCAGAGUUGUUAAAAGCUUAUGAUGCUGUUGUCUUGUGUUAUGGGGCAGAAGAUGACAAAACCUUUGGAAUUCCUGGUGAGGAUUUGCAAGGAGUGUAUUCAGCAAGAGCAUUUGUGGAGUGGUAUAAUGGACUUCCUUCUAAUUCUCAUCUAGAGCCAGACUUGAGUACAGAGGCUGCUGUCAUACUGGGACAAGGAAAUGUAGCUCUUGAUGUUGCAAGGAUUCUGCUCAGCCCGAUAGAACUAUUGGAGAAAACAGACAUCUGUGAGCAUGCUUUGGAAGCACUUAGGAAAAGCUGUGUCCAGACAGUUUAUAUUGUUGGCAGACGAGGACCAUUACAGGUGUCAUUUACUAUUAAGGAGUUAAGGGAAAUGACCAAGUUAGAGGGCUGUAAAGCUGUGUUUGACCCUGACGACUUCAGAACAACACAAGAAAAGCUUCCUAAUAUUCCAAGACCAAGGAAAAGACUUACUGAACUGAUGUGCAAGACGGCAUUAGAUGAGAGCACUUCACUGAAUGCUGCAAUUAGAAAAUGGAGUCUAAAAUUUCAAAGGAGUCCUGUAGAGUUUCUUCCCAUGCCAGGUGGAGAAAAACUAUCUGGAGUCAGAUUAGAAAUCAAUAAUUUAGUAGAGAGUAAUGGGUCAGUCCAAGCUCAUGGCACUGGUGUAUAUGAGGGUGUACCUUGCGGUCUGGUGUUUCGUAGCAUUGGAUACAAGAGCAUUCCAAUGAGUCACGCUCCCUUUGAUAUGAAAAGAGGUGUUAUCCCGAACGAAAAUGGAAGAGUAAAUGACUCAGGUCUGUACUGCAGUGGCUGGGUGAAAAAUGGUCCAGUAGGAGUUAUAGCCACAACAAUGAACGAUGCUUUCCAUACUGGACAACUCGUUGUACAAGAUUUAAAAUCUGGUGAAAUAAAGAUAAAGAGUCAGACCAAAGGAUUUGAGGUUAUAAGAAGCUUAUUACACUCAAGAGGAGUCAAACCUGUUUUCUUUGAUCAGUGGCGCAAAAUCGACCAAGUUGAACAAGAAAGAGGAAGGCAACUCGGAAAACCACGAGAAAAGAUUAUCAGUGUGCAAGAAAUGUUGGACAUUGCUUAUAAACAUGAAGGAAGCUAGUAAUUCUAGAGAUCUUCGUUGCACACAAAAUAUGUGCCAUGUCAGUGCUACCGGCCCUCCAAUGUAGAUGUCACAAUCCAGCCUAAAGGGACAACAUGGAACAAUCAAACAUUUCAUAUUUCCACUGUAAUAAAGAAUAGUAAUAUUUUAUUACAACAAACAGUUUAAACUUAA